GCUGUGAGGAUGACAGAGCAAGAGCUGGAAUCAAACAUCAGUGAAGAAUGAAGGCUUUAGUAUGUAUACUGCUGCUGUUGGAAACCUUUGUGUUUGUCGUCCAGCAGCAGGUAGAUGGAGGACUCAAUGAGAAUGAGAUCAGUCAACAGAUCAGCUCUGAGGACGGAAGACAGAAUCCACCUCAAACAGACACUCUGAGAGCUGAAGCUUCAACUGACAGCCAACAAUACUGCCAUCUGUGCUUCCCUGACAUCCAUGCAGCACUGAGAGAACUGACCGCCACCGUUACAGAGCAGAAAGGACACAUCAGAGAACUGACCGCCACCGUUACAGAGCAGAAAGAAAUCAACAGAGAACUGACCGCCACCGUUACAGAGCAGAAAGAAAAGAACAGAGAACUGAGGGAUGAGAUGAACAAGAAAAAUGAUGAAAUUUCAAAUCUUACUCUGAGUCAAGUGGAGGAGUUGAGAAAGGAAAAUAGAGACAGAGAAAUAGCUUUUUCAGCUUCAAUGAUGGAAUCUGGCAGUGGAUUUAUUGGUCCUUUUACCACUGAAAUCACACUAACCUACAGGAAAGUCUUCACAAACAUAGGGAACGCUUACAACCCAAUUACAGGUGUUUUCACAGCCCCACUGAAAGGAGCGUACAUGUUCAGAGUCUCUGUAUUUGGUAUUGCCUCACCUGGAUCAACUGCAGCCAUUUAUAAGAAUAGAGAGCAUGUGGUUAUAUUAGAUGCUUAUCAGACUCAGGGUGGGUUAAACUCCUCAAAUGGAGUUGUGAUGAUCCUGGAGGUUGGAGAUGUUGUCUAUGUGAGACUUUGGGCUGGCAGGAGGAUAUAUGAUAGCCACAAUAAUCACAACUCUUUCAGUGGUUUCCUGCUGUUUCCCUUAAGAGAAGAUCAUGUUUGCAGAAUGUGAUUCCAAUAAUUCUGAACCUUCAGUGUAUGAUUUAAGAUGAAAA